GAUAGAUAGCGUACUGAAGAAGUGGAGUCGCGUGUCCUGAACUCGCUGAGAUCCCUGGUUUAGGGUUUAUCUGCCCGUCCUCAUUCCCGCUUCUUCCCUCUUCCAAUCUCGCCCCAGAGAAGUAGCUGCCGACCAGGGUACGAAACCGUAGUCGGAGCUUCUGGUCUGUUUCAUCCUGUUGGACGGCAUGAAGCGGCACGAAUUAACCGUCGGCUGAGCCAUCGUUUCUGCUCCCGCUUUACCAACGCUCAGAGUUCCCACUGUCUGACUCGAAACUUUUCUGUUGCUGCAUGACCAUUUGCUAACGGAUCUGAACGAUUCCUCCCCAAGAUACCAAAUGGAAUGGUCCGAGUGUAAAAACGAAAUUAGAGAUGCCUGUUUGGAGAUCCAGCAGCUUCAGUCCGACGUGGCUCACGAAUUUCAGCGACUCCAGCUGGAUUUCACUGAUACCCAUUCGCUUCAAGAAGAAGAACUGCGCAAGCUAGAUGAAAUGAAGGCUAGAAUUGAAAAUUUGAAGUCAGCUAGUGGUGCUAUUGUAGACUCGUUCAUAGGAAUUCGACCUGAUGUCCAAACUGUAAUUGACAUUGAUUCCGCCAAUGGAGUCGAAAGCAGCUUUAAGAGUGUCUUGAGAGAUGGAUGAAAGGGUAACAGGGCUCAAAUCCUCUGUUAUAGGCUGAUCUGAUUACAAAGUUGUGUCUCGGAUGACAGAUUCUCUUAAUAUUUAAAAUUCAGGAAGACAAUCCAGUUCUUGCGGAA